GUGCAAGGAAAUUGCUCAGGUUUGAGCUCAGAUGACCCGCCUCCAUGAGCAGUACGCAUGCCGUGCCGCCUGCUGAGUGCUCUGUAAUUCACCCUCUAGAAGCGAUGAAGAACAAACUGGUGCUGCUGGUGGUCCUUCUGGCACUCAAUACCAAUAAGGUUCACCCGAUGCCCUAUAAGCAAGAAGCUGGAAAUUGUCGCAACUCAGAAACAGAAUACUGGAAUGAAGAGGUUGCUUUAUGCUGCAAGAAGUGCCCCCCUGGGCAUCGGAUGAAACAGGAGUGCACUGAAACCGCUGACACUCAGUGUGAACCAUGUGGGCUUGAGCAAUAUAUCGAGGACUGGAACUACUCUCCAAACUGUUUAUCCUGCACUAAAUGCAAAUCAAAAAAGGGUCUUGAGUAUGCCCAGACUUGCACAUCUACCAGAAACUCCAAGUGUGUUUGCAAGACUGGAACAUUCUGUUAUUUAGGGUUUGAUGACCCUUACUGCACAGAUUGUAAAGGAUAUAAACUUUGCAAACCUGGUGAGAGAGUUUCUGUAGAAGGUACACGUAACUCUGAUAGAGUGUGUGAAAAGUGCCCCACCAAUCCAUGUUCAAGCCCUAGUACAAUUACAGUUUCAACCGUAGUUACUGUAAACAAAACCUCCACAACGCCACCUGGCCCAAAGGAGUCCACUCAGACUGUGAAGCCUAUCUUAACCGUGAGACCCACGAGCCCUGAAGAUCCACCUACUAGUAAAAUGGUUGCAGUCAUUGCUAGUGCUGCUGGGAUCCUUCUGCUUCUUAUUUUUGUCAUCUGCCUCCUGACCCUUUGCAAAAGAAAGUGGACUAAAGACUCUGGAAAUCUCCCGCAUAAAGUAGAUGCAAAUGGAAACUGUGAGACAGCAAUAAAGCAGAAUGGUCACAGCAGCAGCUCUGUGGAAUCUCCAAUGACAUCACUACCUAUGACCUCCCAAGAGCAAGUGUGUUUGCUCGCAAAAGGAGAAGUCAGCAGUGACCAAAGUCUGAGCAGCAGUGAUACCGAAACUUCGAUCAGGACAGAUGGUUUCAGCAGGAACGACUCCCUCAGGCCUCUGCAACCUACUUUAGGUAUUGACAAUCCCUCCUCUGUCCUGUCGGAGCCAAUGGUCUUACAGUCCUUCACUGAGCCUAUGGCUCAUCGUCCCAGCCUCAGCACACAGGGCUCCUCUCAGCCUACCAGCCCGCUGAUUGUCAGCCCCCUAACAAACAGUCCCCACGUUAACGUCAACAUCACUUUACAUAUAGGAAAUGGUUCCUGCGGGACGCCGUCUUUUCAGCCCACAGAUGUUAAUCAAUCAGAAUAUCAGCUUCCCUUUGGACAGGAAGAGGAAUCUGUCAGCUCUCCUCAACAAGAAGCAGGCAAACUGUCUUUGAUAUCAGUCCAGGAGAGUCCCACUGUCUGCACGUGAAAACUCAUGUAUUAUCUGAACUUUUUUUUUUUUAUGUGUAACUAAACUUUUUGGUUUAACAAAUGUGUUGUCAGACACCUGUUUUUCUUAAGCUGUUACUUUAUGUUUAUAUGUAUAUACAGCAUACUGUACAUAAAAGUUUUUUUUUUUUUUACAAAUUUGUAUAUUAAAUUUGUUUCUGAUUUGUACAGUGUUAACAAAAUAAAAGGGCAUUCAAGUGAGUUGAUUUAUUUAUGAACCAAUGUGGAAAAAAAAAUAUAUACUAGCAUAAAGAGUUUAUUGUGAGGAAAUCUUUAUGAGCCCUUUUCAGUAUUUCAGGAUAGAAGGUUAUUAAAUAAAGUCAACUGAUUGAGAAAUGUAAAAAAAAAAAAAAACAUUACUGCUGAUUCAAUUUCACUCCUUGUAACACUGAACCCUUAACCCUAUGCUUUUAAGUGGUAGGUCAUCCUAAUUGUCUUUGUGGACUCGGCAAAGGGCUUAAAUAAAAAUGUUAACAUUAUUUUUUUUUUUGCCUGUAAAACAUAAUCCAAGCCUUUGAAGAACUCAAAGGCGUGCUGUUGGGAUUCUUUUCUGGUUCUGAGUUGAUUAGAAGAUGGGAUUAAUUAAACGCAGAACAAUCCUGGAAGGAAACCCCUUUGAAUCCUCAAAAUGCUUGGGCAGAGCUUCACCCUGAGUAGGGCAAUAACAGCUAUUAGACUCAAUAUUAAUUUUUUUAUGCUUUAUAAGGAUGGCCCUGUCAAACUUCAGACUUGCAGUAAAUCCAGUGUAGAAUGUGUGGAAAGACUUCAAAAUUGGGGUUUAAAGAUGUUCUCUAUUAAGUCUGGCUGGAGUUUAACUAUUACAGGGAAAGAAGUGACAAAGGUUUUCAGUUUUUCCAUGUAGUCUCAUAGAGACAAGGCAAAGAAUCUAAAAGGUUGUCCUAUGAAUUAUCAGGGGGCUGUGCAUGCAUGUUGUACUUUACAAAGUUUUUUUUUUCUUUUUUUCCCAGUGCUAAAAAGCAUUAAAAAAAA